GAUUCUCUCUCGUCACUUUCUCUCUCACCACCGCACCGCAUCCAUGGCGAAAUGCAACAAAAUCCGACACAUUGUGAGAAUUCGUCAAAUGCUAAGGUCGUGGAAGAAGAAGGCAACAUCUCCAUCUCCAGCUCCUGUACACCGCCUGCCGCCGGACGUUCCGGCGGGGCACCUAGCGAUCUCCGUUGGCGCGAGCUGCCGGAGAUUCGUAGUCCGCGCAACGCACCUUAACCACCCGAUCUUCCAACGCCUGCUCAGCCAGGCCGAGGAGGAGUACGGCUUCGCCAAUUACUCGGGGCCGUUGGUGAUUCCGUGCGACGAGACGCUGUUCGAGGAGAUCCUGCGGUUUGUGUCGCGCGGCGACUCGGAUUGGAAGAGAUGCCGGAAUGAGGGCUCCGAUUUUCUCGCCGGCGAAACUCGGCCGUUGCUGUGCGGUUUCAGCAACUGAGAUUUACACUCAAUUGGACGAUUUUAACCUUGAUUUUUUUUUUUAGAAUUUCCCACUUUUUUUGGGGAAUAUUGUUUGCUAGGGAGGUGGAGAGAGGCAAAAUUGUGCCAUCCCUUUAGUUGGAUCGAUUGACAAAAGACGUGAUAUUAUAAAUGUCUUUUUCUAGAUAAGAUAUACUUUGAAAAUUGCGAAAUGUUAUUAUUAUUUUUGCAAUGAAUAAUUAUAUCUGAAA